AUGACGUUGCUACGCACGCUGGAGCUAGAGACUCACGGCCGCGUGACGCUCCGUUCCGACCAGAUCGGCCCCAGUAUGAUCGACAUUAUGCUUGGUCUGCGUGGCCAAAGUCCUGGUGACGAUACCGACGAGCGAAGCAGUCAAGCGACUGAUGGCGGCAUGUCGACGAUUGAGCGUGCGAGCAAUAUGUCGAGCUUUUCCAUCGCCACGGGACGGACGAACGGAUGGUCUGUGCGUGAGACGAUGAUCAUAGCUGAGCAGGAGGACGAUCCAGUGGGGAAACACAAGACUAUUUCACCGAGUUUUGGACGGAGGAAGUCCAGGACACACCGAGUCAGCUGCGUUAUUAGCUGA